CGCGGCGGCGAUGGCGGCGCGGCUGGAGCGCGCGAGGGGGGCGCUGGCAGCGCUCGAAGCUGCCCUGGCCUUGGAGGAGGAGGAGGGUGAUGUCCCCACCCGGGUCCUGGUGGAACAUCAAAUGGACACCCGGCGGAAGCAGAAGCUGCUCUUGUCCCAGCUCCGGGUGCUGAAGCUGCUCCUGGGGGUCAUCGAGAACCCGGGGCUGCCCCCGGCCACCACCAACCUGCGCGAGGCGGCGGUGCUGGCACGGGGGCGCUGGCGGGAGCUGAAGGCGAGGUACGGGGGGGCCUUGGGGGAGGCCGUGCCCCCCGCCCUGGCCCAGCUGCACCGGGGCCGGCAGCUGCUGCAGCGCGGGAGGGCGGCCCUGGGGGCACGGCUGGAACAGCAAGAAGAGCUGAAGGUGAAGGUGCGUGAGGCCACAGAGAGACGGGACCAGCUGCUCCGGCGGGUCCAGGAGCGGCGCCUGCAGCGGCUCGGCCGGCAGGAGGCGCUGAAGGGACUGCGGGAGACAGCGGCCAGGGUGGGGGCCUCGUGCCAACUGUACCAGGCCCUGGCGGGGGUCCAGGUGCUGCCCCCCUCCCCCGGGACCCCGGAGCUGGAGCUGGAGCUGGGACCCCCUCCCGGUUCCUCCCAUUCCCUGCCACCCCUUCACCUGUGCCUCACCGCCAGUGGGGGGGUCCAAUUGCAGGAACCCCCCCUGGGGCUGCCCCCUCCCCUGGGCCCGGGGCUGCUGGAGCUGCAGCAGCGCUGCUGGGAGAGCUGGAGCCUCUGGGCAGAGGUGACACACCUGAGGAACAGGUUCGCCCUGGACUGGCAGCCAGAGUUGGGGCUCCUGCAAGUCCUGGGGGGCCCCCGGGGUGCCCAGACCCUCUGGACGCUGCAGCUGGAGCCGGGGUACCCCCAGAGUGGGGGGGUGCGACUGCUGCCCCCCGCCGAGGGGACCUCUCCCAUUCCUGCACCCCCAAACCCCCCCACUCUGACGCGGUGGCUGGAGCUGCUGGUGGGGGGGGUCCCUGAAAAUGGGGGAUCCCCCUCUAUCCCCCCACCAUAAAAAAAACCCACUGCACCCCAAUAAACUCACGGCCACCUCUCCUCCA